AUGGAACAAAGUGAAGGUGAACAGGAAUCCCAGCCAGAGAAUCACGUGGAUAGCAAGAGCAGCGUGAAAUCUUUGCCUGGGGGAGAGGCCCAUGUCAAGCUAGAGAUAAAAAAACAUGCAGUUACAGAUGACUACAAACUCUCCAAACGGGUGCUAGGGCUGGGAAUCAAUGGCAAAGUACUGGAGUGUUUCAACAAGGAGACAGGCCAGAAAUGUGCUUUGAAGCUCCUGUAUGACAACCCAAAAGCCCGUCAGGAAGUAGAGUAUCAUUGGCGAGCAUCAGGGUGUCCCCACAUUGUCCAUGUCCUGGAUGUUUAUGAGAACAUACAUCAUGGGAAGAGAUGCCUCCUCAUUGUCAUGGAAUGCAUGGAGGGAGGAGAGCUGUUUAGCAGGAUCCAGGAGAGAGGAGAUCAAGCUUUCACUGAGAGAGAGGCCUCUGAAAUAAUGAGAGACAUCGGAACAGCCAUCCAGUAUCUGCAUUCGAUGAACAUUGCCCAUAGAGAUGUCAAGCCUGAAAACUUGCUGUACACGUCUAAAGAGAAGGAUACUGUACUCAAACUCACAGACUUUGGUUUUGCCAAAGAAACCACUGUACAAAAUGCUCUGCAGACCCCCUGUUACACUCCUUAUUAUGUGGCCCCAGAAGUCCUUGGUCCUGAGAAGUAUGACAAAUCAUGCGAUAUGUGGUCAUUGGGUGUCAUCACCUAUAUUCUCCUGUGUGGGUUCCCUCCAUUCUACUCCAACACUGGUCAAGCCAUUUCUCCAGGGAUGAAAAGAAGAAUUCGGAUGGGGCAAUAUGGGUUUCCCAAUCCAGAGUGGGCUGAAGUAUCAGAGGAAGCCAAGCAACUGAUUCGCCAUUUACUGAAGACUGACCCGACAGAGAGGAUGACAGUUUCUCAGUUUAUGAAUCACCCUUGGAUAAAUAGGUCGAUGGCGGUGCCACCAACGCCUCUUCAUACUGCACGGGUCCUGCAAGAGGAUAAAGACCACUGGGAUGAAGUUAAAGAGGAGAUGACCAGCGCGUUGGCUACCAUGAGAGUGGACUAUGAUCAGGUGAAAAUCAAAGACUUGAAAACCUCCAACAACCGCCUCCUGAACAAACGCCGUAAGAAACAGAAGCAGGCAGGUGCCUCUUCUGCAGCCCCCGGGUGCAAUAACCAAUGAGAAGAGAAGUCAAGGACCUGCGGGUGGGGGGUAAAAGUUAAAAGGAGCAAUUCAAAAUCAGUAUGAUCAACUCAGUCCAUGGAGAAGCUACCCUGUGAAGAGGGAGCAGCGUGGAAGAUUACAUUUUGAUAACUUGAAUCAGAGCUUUGCUUAUAAAGGCUGAUGUGUAUGACAUGAUUCUGUUGAGUAUUGCUAGG